CAGGGGGGCAGCCUUCCCGUCGGUCGUUGAAUUCAUGCCUGAAACUCGACAAGAUUUAGGGGAUCUGCUUGAUGACUUAGAGCGGGCUCUUGCGAAAACGUACGAGACUAUGAAUUCAUUGAUUUCAGCGAGCAAGCCUACCAAGGGUGCGGUAGAGGAUUUGGCCGCAUAUUCCUUUAAAUUCAAUCUUUCUCUCCAUAACCUGCAGCUUGCGACAUCUGACUUUGCAUCCGCAGCAAAUGUCAAGACUAUUGAGCCUGACACUAUGCAGAAAAGCGGUGGUUCAUAAUCAAAGAUGAGCCAGCCACGAAGCUACUGGAGAAUUCUGUAAGAAAAAUGUUUAAAGUUGAAAAUGCUAACAGUGAAGUGAUAUCCUUUUUUAAUGGAGUGUUGAGGUGAAGUCUAGCAUCGUAGGGGAAAGCAGGAUUCUGUGUCUUCCAUUCUACACCUUGAUAAAGCGAAGAAAUCCGACAAAACCAAAGAGAUUGUUCAAGUUUAAGAUUUGUAAGCGUACAACUAUGAACUUCUUCUCUCUGUAGGCCUGAGUGGUCGUAUGCAUACGAUUCAUGAAGUGAAUCAGUAUCGCUGGAUUUUGCUUAGGAGUAAAGCACAACUAAGAAAAUAUGCUGCCUGGCAGGCAUCCUGAGACAUGAGGCAAGCGACGUAGCAAUUGAAUCCUAAUUUAAGCCAGGGCAUCUGUAUGACUCUGUUAGUUAAUUGAUGAACCAAUGAGCUUUAAAAAAAAAUCGUUGCGCGUAAUGUA